UGGCCUCGUUGUGGAGCGGCUCGUAAUCCAUCAUGGCGGCCGCGGGGUUCGGUGUCCGUGUCUGACCAGCGCUGGAGCCGGAGCCGGUUCCCGGGUCCUGCGACUGAGGAGCCCCUCGGUUGUCCACGGCCCCUACCUGCGGGAGGAGGCUGGGCCCCGCGGCGGAGCUCGGGCGAUGUGACUGCCUGGCGGCGGCGGCCGUGGCAACGUGCGGGGCCGGGGGAGGGGGUGUCUCGGGCAGAGACCCCCGGGCUCGGGGCAGCUGAGGCGGCCGAGCCUCCUCCCCCCUCCGUCCGCCUCCCGCCCUCCGGGCCGCGAGAGUCCUUCGUCCCUUACAGCCCUGCCCCGGCUCUGGGACACUGGGGUGGUCUCUGUUUCCCCCAGACCCGGGACACCCCGUUUCCUGAGGCGUGGAGGAGCGUCGCCCCCGAGUAAGCCGCCCGUGCCCCGCCCCGGCAGCCUCCCUCUUCCCCCCGAGCCGCCCCUCGCUCCGACUCCCGGCCCCAAGUGUGGCCUCGGAGCCCCCCAUUCAUAUCCCCUCCCUGCUGUCAAGGGGCCUCGCCUUCCCCCCAGGUUGCUCCCGCGAGCUUCUAAUGCCCUGACUUCUUCCAAUGUCACCUACGACCCCCCUAGUCCCAGCUCAGCCAAAAACUUUAAUGCAAACGAAAAGCUUGGACUGGUUUCACAGGCCUUUUAAAAAGCGGACUUAAAAGUUG